GCACCAGGACACCUCCGGGAAACACCGCCCCCCAGAUGUAAGCUGCUGGUGGAGCUCGACCACACGGCUGCGCUCUCCGACACCCUGGAGGUUGCCCACAAUAUCACCCACCUGACGCGCUGCCAGAGUAAGCGGGAGGCGGCCCUCUUGCUGCCCCCAUUCGGGUCGUACGUGCCGACGUGUGACGACGACGGCAACUUCACGCCAAUGCAGUGCUGGGCAUCCACGGGGUACUGCUGGUGUGUGAACAUCUACACCGGAGUGGAGAUCCGCCGCACCAGGACACCUCCGGGAAAAAUGCGCCACAGAUGUGGCCAGACGUCGCACGUCCCCCCCACAAUCACCCACCUGACGCGCUGCCAGAGUGAGCGGGAGGCGGACCUCUUGCUGCGCCUAAUGAGGUCGUACGUGCCGACGUGUGACGACGACGGCAACUUCACGCCAAUGCAGUGCUGGGCAUCCACGGGGUACUGCUGGUGUGUGAACAUCUACACCGGAGUGGAGAUCCCCGGCACCAGGACACCUCCGGGAAACACGCCCCCCAGAUGUAAGCUGCUGGUGGAGCUCGACCACACGGCUGCGCUCUCCGACACCCUGGAGGUUGCCCACAAUAUCACCCACCUGACGCGCUGCCAGAGUAAGCGGGAGGCGGCCCUCUUGCUGCCCCCAUUCGGGUCGUACGUGCCGACGUGUGACGACGACGGCAAACUUCACGCCAAUGCAGUGCUGGGCAUCCAAGGGGUACUGCUGGUGUGUGAACAACUACACCGGAGUGGAGAUCCGCGGCACCAGGACACCUCCGGGAAAAAUGCGCCCCAGAUGUGGCCAGACGUCGCACGUCCCCCCCACAAUCACCCACCUGACGCGCUGCCAGAGGAGCGGGAGGCGGACCUCUUGCUGCGCCCAAUGAGGUCGUACGUGCCGACGUGUGACGACGACGGCAACUUCACGCCAAUGCAGUGCUCGGCAUCCACGGGGUACUGCUGGUGUGUGAACAUCUACACCGGAGUGGAGAUCCGCGGCACCAGGACACCUCCGGGAAAAAUGCCCCCCAGAUGUGAGCUGCUGGUGGAGCUCGACCACACGGCUGCGCUCUCCGACACCCUGGAGGUUGCCCACAAUAUCACCCACCUGACGCGCUGCCAGAGUGAGCGGGAGGCGGCCCGCUUGCUGCCCCUAAUCGGGUCGUACGUGCCGACGUGUGACGACGACGGCAACUUCACGCCAGUGCAGUGCUCGGCAUCCACGGGGUCCUGCUGGUGUGUGAACAUCUACACCGGAGUGGAGAUCCCCGGCCCCAGGACACCUCCGGGAAACAUGCCCCCCAGAUGUGAGCUGCUGGUGGAGCUCGGCCACACGGCUGCGCUCUCCGACACCCUGGAGGUUGCCCACAAUAUCACCCACCUGACGCGCUGCCAGAGUGAGCGGAAGGCGGCCCUCUUGCUGCCCCCAAUCGGGUCGUACGUGCCGACGUGUGACGACGACGGCAACUUCACGCCAAUGCAGUGCUGGGCAUCCCCGGGGUACUGCUGGUGUGUGAACAACUACACCGGAGUGGAGAUCCCCGGCACCAGGACACCUCCGGGAAACACGCCCCCCAGAUGUAAGCUGCUGGUGGAGCUCGACCACACGGCUGCGCUCUCCGACACCCUGGAGGUUGCCCACAAUAUCACCCACCUGACGCGCUGCCAGAGUAAGCGGGAGGCGGCCCUCUUGCUGCCCCCAUUCGGGUCGUACGUGCCGACGUGUGACGACGACGGCAACUUCACGCCAAUGCAGUGCUGGGCAUCCACGGGGUACUGCUGGUGUGUGAACAUCUACACCGGAGUGGAGAUCCGCCGCACCAGGACACCUCCGGGAAAAAUGCGCCACAGAUGUGGCCAGACGUCGCACGUCCCCCCCACAAUCACCCACCUGACGCGCUGCCAGAGUGAGCGGGAGGCGGACCUCUUGCUGCGCCCAAUGAGGUCGUACGUGCCGACGUGUGACGACGACGGCAACUUCACGCCAAUGCAGUGCUGGGCAUCCACGGGGUACUGCUGGUGUGUGAACAUCUACACCGGAGUGGAGAUCCCCGGCACCAGGACACCUCCGGGAAACACGCCCCCCAGAUGUAAGCUGCUGGUGGAGCUCGACCACACGGCUGCGCUCUCCGACACCCUGGAGGUUGCCCACAAUAUCACCCACCUGACGCGCUGCCAGAGUAAGCGGGAGGCGGCCCUCUUGCUGCCCCCAUUCGGGUCGUACGUGCCGACGUGUGACGACGACGGCAACUUCACGCCAAUGCAGUGCUGGGCAUCCACGGGGUACUGCUGGUGUGUGAACAACUACACCGGAGUGGAGAUCCGCGGCACCAGGACACCUCCGGGAAAAAUGCGCCCCAGAUGUGGCCAGACGUCGCACGUCCCCCCCACAAUCACCCACCUGACGCGCUGCCAGAGUGAGCGGGAGGCGGACCUCUUGCUGCGCCCAAUGAGGUCGUACGUGCCGACGUGUGACGACGACGGCAACUUCACGCCAAUGCAGUGCUGGGCAUCCACGGGGUACUGCUGGUGUGUGAACAACUACACCGGAGUGGAGAUCCGCGGCACCAGGACACCUCCGGGAAAAAUGCCCCCCAGAUGUGCUUCCGAUCAUGAGCCUUUCACUGGAGACUUGUGUCCCCCUGGUGUGUAUGUGUGUGGUCCUCGUGGUCAGGGAUCCUCAGUGGACACCCGGGGUAGCCGGCCGGUGUCGUCGGGGAGGGACACUUACUCCCCCAACCGCCAUGUCCUGCCUCCCAUCACCACUGGCAGAAGCCGAAGGUCAUCGUCAAUAACAAGGUACCGGGGCAGGCCCACCGCUGCCCCAGUGGGAGGGAAGCCGGAGGCGUUGAGGGAGCGCCCCGUGGAGGCCGGGGGGUGUACACACGCCUCUGAUCAACUGGGCGUUCUCUGUCCCACUGGCUGUGAGCUGAAGACCACCAUUUUGAAGCAAGAGACCAACAUCAAGCAGGCCGUGGCUCCCCUAAGCCGGCAGGUUGACGAGCUGUCCCGCUCCUCCAACAACAUCUACUCCUACGUGGAACGGAUGUCUAAUGCCCUCAGGGAGCGGCAGAAGGUCGUUGAUGGCAAUGGUCAGGUAGUGAGUCAGUACACGGACACCCUGGAAGAGCAACAUGCUUACAUCAAGGAGACCAUUGACACUGCCUUCCCAUCCGACAUCAGACUCCUGCAGGGAGCCCUUUCAAAGAUCAGAGAGAAAAUUCAGAAGCUGGAGAAAGCCAUACAGACCCAGCAAGUGAACUGUAGAGAACCAUGCGUCAGCAGUUGCCCUAUCCCAGUCGUCUCUGGUAAGGAGUGUGAGGACAUCUUCAGAAAGGGCGGCGUUGACUCCCAGAUGUACUUGGUCCAGUCUGGCCCUCUGAGCCCUGGAUACAAGGUCUUCUGUGACCAAACCACCAAGGACGGAGGCUGGCUCCUCAUCCAGAACAGGAUGGAUGGGAGUGUGGGCUUCGGCCGUCGCUGGGACGACUAUCGCCGUGGUUUCGGCAACGUCGCCUUUGAUGUGGGCAAGGGCCACUGCGAGACUCCAGGGGAAUACUGGCUGGGUAAUGAGCAUGUCAGCCAACUGACCAAUAUGGGCCCCACUGAGGUUCUCUUUGAGAUGGAGGACUGGUCCCAGAACAAGGUGCACGCCAUGUACAGUAAGUUCACCAUCCAAUCAGAGUCCAGUAACUACCUGAUGUCGGUGGACGGCUACUCCGGUACUGCAGGAAACACCCUAGAGCAAGGCGCCACGGAGUUGUAUGGAGAGAACAGAACCAUGACCAUCCACAAUGGCAUGAUGUUCAGCACCUUCGACCGCGACAAUGACAAAUGGAUCCCGGGUGACAGCAGUAAGCAAUGCUCUAUGGAGGACGGAGGCGGUUGGUGGUACAACCGCUGCCACUCGGCCAAUCCUAACGGCCGGUACUACAUGGGCGGGGCUUAUACCAGCAGAAUGGCCAAGCAUGGCACAGACGACGGCAUGGUGUGGAUGAACUGGAAGGGCAGCUGGUUCUCCCUGAAGACCAUGAGCAUGAAGAUCAGACCUUUCUUUCAGGGCAAAUAGAGGGUCCAACACACACACAGACAUUAGGCAAACUCUUUAACACCACCCUGACAAAAAGGCUCUGAUAUUGAUUGAGGCUCAUACGUUUUCCCACACGGUUCAUAUCAACUGCUAUAACCAUCCCAAAAAUACACCAUGUUAUUUUUUAUAAUUUAUAUUUUAUUUUCAAACUAGAAACUAGGGCCUUUUUAACUCGUGGAAUGUUUCAACAUUGAAGCAGAAUUGUUCACCUGAACGGUACAAUGAAAUGUUACAGCAGAAUGCUACAUGUUACGAUUCACCUGUGUGUGCUUGGAUGUCAGAUGUCAAUCGUUCUGCCGGGUGCGUGAUGUCAGUGUUUUCAUGUGUGAUGUUGUCAGUGUUGGGUGAGUCAAAGUACUUAUUGAUUUAAUAAAAACCCAUUCACUUCUAAA